AUGUUACCCUCGACACCCAAGGCUUCGCCUGUGGCCGACAGCCAGUCGCCAGGAAAGUGGCGGCACCCGCGAUUGAAUGAGAUUGUUCGACGACAAAAUGCGGCGACAUUCGACGGACGUAAUGUCAAAAAGAUAGCGCUAAACGUCAGUGCUAUCUUUGCGACACUGAUUGCAGAAAAGCCGCUGGGAUCGUUCACACACAGUCUUUCUGCGGUCUUCGGCAUCACGGCAAAUGCAGAUGUCAUUCUCGUCAUACUCCGCUUGCUGUUCAUUGUGAACAUCCUGACUGCACUGUAUCCCCUAUUUCGGCCGAAGGAUGAUCUCUCUGACAUUCCUUUAACCCCUACCCAGCGUUCUCUCCUUGGCCUCGAACCCAGCUCUACCCCUCCCGCGACGCCCGGUACGCAGUACGCCACACCACCACGGUAUCGACUUGUAUCGGGGUCGCGAGCAGGCAGCCCUUCAAGUCGUGGUACAUCGCCCCUAGCUACAAGCGGCAGCCCCGCGAGUCGUCGAGCCUCAUACUCCCCAACUGCAACGAGUCCUCUUUUCCAGAAAGCGCUGGUCAACGGGAAUCGAGAAAGCAGUCGCCGACAGAGCUUUGGAUCUUCCUCCCUGAAUUCUUCUCUGCGGGAGUCAUCCAUAUCGGUUCUGCCUUCCACUCCGUCCCCAUUGGCCAACAAAGGGAAUAAGUUGGGAUUGAGCAACAAGUGGCUCUACUUCGCUUCGGAGAUGGGGGCCUCGGAGUCGAAGCUCGUUUUCAAGCAAGGCAUCUUCCGCUUGUAUGAGGACAAAAACAUCCCCGCGGACGACCAGUUUUGGCUUAAGUUCUGGGAGCUGCCUGAAUCCACCGAGGAUGUCUUCAGCUUGUUUACGCCGACAGACAUACGGCGCGCCCGCGACUCAGCUCUACCCAACCUUGAGACGCUUCUCCUGGCUAUAUGCUCCCGCUUGAUUGUCCUGAAAAACCACCCUUCGUUUCCGGAUCCAGAACUCGCUCCAGACACGGACGCACUUAAUUGCAUCCGCAUUCUGACUAGAAUCCUACCCUUCAUAUACGAAGCAGACCAUCUGGAAGCAUGGGAGGAACAAUUCUUCUGGGCUCCUCGAAAGAGGAGAACGCGGCAGGCUCAGGUAGCCGCGGAGAUCUUAUUCGAUGAAGGCCACGGAGACAAUGAAGAGUCGCUAGCUCAACCCAAAGCUGACGGUCGUGAAGACGUCAAACCUUUGGCGGAAGAACUAAUUGAUACGCUUCUGGACCUGCUCUUCUACGCCGACUUUACCAUUCCAAAGCUUUCCACGGCAGAAGGGAAGGUGUCAUAUGCAAUAUGGCAGAGCGGUGUCGGAUGCAACACAGCCAUGGUCUCUACCAAGGAACACGAAAAUAACCGCAUGGAAAUAUUACGAUUGUUGCUCACACUGACCGGCAAAUCCAUGUAUAUGUCUCCAACCCUCCUUCCGGUCAAGGGUGUCAAGGCCAUUACCUACAUCGCCACAUGCCCUGAUAAGCAAAUUGUGCUGACCCUUCUAUGCUCGUUGUUAAAUACUACCAUCAAAUAUAACCCGGCCAUCUGGAGAGUGCCUUACGAUCAUGUCGUCUGGAAAGAUCCGAAACAAAUUCUAGUCAUUUAUUGCCUACAGUUAUUGCUAGUGAUUCUACUGUAUCCUAUCCCUGAGGAUGGACGCGGUGUGCCUCCUAAGAACUACUACCGUCACUAUUUCGGACGACUACAUCGCCCUCAAGACUUUCAGUUUCUUGUUGAUGGCAUGACAAGGGUUUUGAAUCAGCCGAUGCAAGUGACAAGUUCAUAUUUCCCCGGUAGUCAGAAAUCUGUCAAAUGGGCGCCCGAGAUGCUCAUGUUGUUUUGGGAAGCCUUGCAAUGCAACAAGCGGUUCAGAUCUUUCAUCAUCGAAUCCAAUAGGUCUCAUGAUUUUGUCAUUCUUUGUCUAUUCUAUGCGACCGAGCAUCGAAAUGACCCUUCCAAGCAAGGCAUGGUAAAGAUGUGCAUAUUCAUCUUACAAACAUUAAGUGUUGAGGUCAGCUUUGGACGGCGCUUGAAUAUGAAGUUCGAAGCUCAAGACACUCUUCCGACAAGUAUCCGUCUUGCUGGGUUCCGAGGCUCCUACGCUGAUUAUCUUAUUAUCUCGAUACAUAAUCUGAUGACAAGCAGUAAAGGAAAGCUUGACGCAGUUUAUCCUGCCCUCAUGGCUAUCCUUAAAAAUAUUGGCCCAUAUGUCGAAAAGUUAUCAACGACAACUUGUUCGAGAAUAUUACAGUUGUUCGCGUCCAUGUCAUCUCCGAGCUUUCUACUUGCGAAUGAGACGAAUAACUACCUUCUAUCGGCCUUGCUUGAAUUCAUCAACGUGGUCUUGGAACAUCAAUUCACGCGAAACCCUUUCCUUGUUUACGGUAUUCUAAAAACAAGGAAGAAGUUUGAAGCUCUACGUACAUUUACAUUGGAAAGUGGGCAACAGGAAAUUGAACGCCAGAGUCAACUCAAAAAGGCAGCUUCUUCGACUGAUGGACUCUCCAGUCCCGCAUCGCAGUCUGUAGAAGAUUUGCGGAGGUUGAGUGGCGCACGGUCUCCGUUGAGCCAUAUUCCAGAAGAGAACAGUCCGUUUGCCAUUGGAGGAGACGACUCGGACGACGAUGAAGUCGAGGUUCCAAUCACCCCUUCACUCUCUUCACCCCCAUCUCUACGGAAUUCGCGUGCUCCUUCAAUAUCUUCUUCCCUCGACGAUAAUGUGCCGCUACAGAUUAGGGGGAUGUCUGAAAAGGCUAGAGGCAAAAUGCCAGCAGGUCAGAUGGGAUUUUCGCGUCAAAAUAGUUUAACCAGCCUAAGUAGUUAUUCUGCUGCGAUUCAUUCCACCCCCGCUUCAUUCACUCCGACGGCUGCCUGGAUUGAAUCGUGGGUCGUGGAGCUCCCUCUGCAUACCAUUUUAACUAUUAUCUCAUCGAUAUUACCUCACAUACCUGAAGCUGCCUUGGAAUCGUCCUCAAACCCAGAAGCCAGGACAUUAAUCGGCAAUCUUCCCACUUUCGUCGAAGAACCCAAUAUACGUGCUUUGAUGGCAGAGCCGGCUUCAAUUAAAGUCCACUCGUUUGAAUGGUCCCCACUUGCGUUGGGUUGGUAUGAGUCCCUGCUAUGGGGGUUUAUAUUUUCGAGUGAGAUGCUCGUCGGCUCAGCGAGCAAUUCCACGCCGGGCUCAGUAGGCGUCUGGAACGGUACAAUUGUGAAGCUCUUCAAAGUCCAAGAAACAGCCGCUCAGGGGCCGUCGCUUAUGGCGCCCAAGGGCGCUGUUGACGCCGUCGGUAGCAACCUCGUCAGCCGGAUAGGCAACUUGAGGCUUCGCGGACGGAAUGGCAGUACUCAAGAUAGCUCGAAUAACGUGCAGUCACCCACUACUCGCGAGGGCCAAUUGCCCAAUCUGGAGCAGAGCACCAGCGACUUCCUUCACCCUGCCAGGGAUGAAUAUCGAUCAUACCUGAACGCUGCAUCUACGUCCUCCGUGGCGAUGGCCACCUCACAGCUAGGAGACCUCUUGGCUGAAGUCGUCCCCAAAGACGCCAAAAUAAACGCCCGUCACGUCUCAACGACGCCAACGCGCUGUGAGGCGAUCUUCUCCGCGCCGCCUGGCGAAGACCCCGAAACCACCUUUUGCGAGUCGCACUUUCUGGUCGUGUCUCUUAAUAGAGGCGGUGCGGUGAACGACGAGAUAGCUAUCCUGGGCGUCGAGGUAAUUAUCUACACAACCGAGCGACUGACAACACUUUUUGUCUCCAAGGCGGAUUCGACGGGUUACUUGCAUCUACUAAAUGGAGCCCCGGAAGCAGCGGCAAUUCCCAGGGCAUCGUUACUCAGGCUUUUAACUACUACCUUCUUAUCUUAUCUCAGCCAUUCGUAUCAGCGGCCGGGGGUUCGGCUGGUACUUUCGCUGUUUGCACGAGCACAGAGCCAGUAUCUUUUCCCGGGUAGCGUUGACAAUAAAAGGAAACACAUCUUGGAUGACCGGGGAUUGAUAAAAUGGUGGUGCCGGGCAGCCGACCCAAUUCUUCGCGAGCAUGCUGCGGAGUCUCAGGAAUCCUCGGAUUCUCCACUUGAUGCAAAAGUCGAGUGCUUAAAGAGUUCGGCCACCGCUUAUUUGCUUGUACCUGGGUGCGACCGAUAUGAGACGCGAGCGUUUUUCCCACCCACGGCUAGAACGGAUAAUGCUAGAUGGCAAGUUUCGUAUCCUCUUAGCCAGAUCUGUGGCCACGCGCCAGAUGCUCCUCCACGCUGUCUAGUCCCAAGAUUCCCAGAUGAUCCCAAGGCGCGCUUCCUCGUCAACUUGGAUGACGAGCUGUCCGAAAAUGCCGCAGACUCCGAAGCUUCCAAUUCUGGUCAAUGGCGAAGCGUCAAGUCGCUGGAUGAGUUCUGGGAGAUGAUGUCUUUCCGUCAGGAGUGCUCUGCGGGAAGGCUGGUGGGUUUCUUAUGGUUGGUCAUCAAUCCUCCUGGUCUGCUCAGCUCGGACAAGUUGGAAAUUCAGACAUUGAGAACGGCACCUGUCGAGACGACGACAAAGGAAGCCACGGAUUCGUCAAGUGCCGGGGACAAAGUAUUAUCGAACAACGAUGCUCCUGCCACCACAGCUGCAGAGGCAAAGUUCGAUGACAGGUCGUUGUCUUCGCUACGCAAUGGAGCCCAGCAGCCGAUUGCAAGUGGCUCGGAUGUUGGACGCAACCCCUUUUUCUGGCCUGAAGCAGGCCGGGGGGAGGUCAUUCUAAGCGAAACAGACUACAAGAGUGCAAACGACAUACUGCUAGAGCAGGACUUUGAGACCGAAGAACUCGCUAUGGCGGGCACAAUGGCCUGGGUUCGCAAGGUCGCCUCGCUCGCAGAUGUCCUAUGGUGGGGGGACAAUAUUACAGGCAAGAGAGAAGUAGCUGUCGCCACGUCGCAGCCAUCACUUCCCAUACAAACCCUAGAUACGGGGCUUAUUGUUCGGAAGAGGAAAAAGGGCGUCCAAGAGGCCGCGGACGCUAGCACAAGUGGCAGUGGGCUGGGGGAGGAUACGAAUACGAAUAAUCGCAUCGAGGCCGGGGUCAACAUGCUGAAUGCCAGUCUUAGCACUAGCUGCAAGAAGAGGAAUCAUAUAACAUCUCAUCGCUUGCUGGAUCCUCCGUCCUCUGCAGCCUCCCUUCUCCCCGUUUCCGAUGAGCCUAUUGCUGCUGGUGCAGUCGCUUUGUUUGCCGUCCCGCCCAUGCUGGCAAAUCCGCUGAGCUCCUCCGUUGUCCUCGCCGGGAGUUCAACGCCAGCCGACAUAUCAUGGCUGAUUGAACCUCUGGCCUGGGCUGCGCUCUGCUGGUACCUCCUGGUUGUGGCCGUCUGUGCUCUGGGGUCUUCGCAAAUAUGGCGACUCUACUCCAACGCUCCGUCCAAGUCCAGGUCUGCAGCUGCGUCAGAUGCGCCCCAUGUCACCGUCAUCCGGCCCGUCAAAGGCAUCGAGCCGUUUCUCUACGAAUGCCUGGCGUCGACUCUGCGCCAGGACUACCCCCGCGACAAAAUGACGACUUACAUCUGCGUCUCCACGAGGGAAGACCCCUCGCUCCCAAUUCUAGAAAAGGUCGUGGAGGACUUCUCCGACUACUGCAAUGUGCGCCUAUUUGUGGAAGAGGAAGACCCUCUUCUGCAGCCCGGCAGCACAUAUCCCUUGGGCCCAAACCCCAAGAUCAGGAACAUGAGUCGCGCGUACAGAGAAGCCAAGGGCGACAUCAUCUGGAUCAUCGACUGUAAUGUCUGGGUGGGUACGGGGGUUUGCGGUCGAAUGGUCGAUAAGCUCUGUGGCUACGGCUCCAGCAACGGGAAGAUAUACAAGUUCGUGCACCACCUCCCGAUCGCAGUCAAUGUUGAUCCGGAAGAGGCGUUGGCGGACGAAGCUAAGCCUCUACUUGCGAAUGGGAAUGAGAAUGGGCAUUGGAGUUGGAAUGGAAAUGCCAGCCAUGAAGUCGGCGCACAUAAGACCAACUUAGUGCUCAAGGACGGAGGAGGACGACUCGAGGAGAUAUUCCUCUCUUCGUCGCAUGCCAAAAUGUAUACCGCCAUUAACACUGUGCUCAUUGCCCCUUGUAUUGUGGGAAAAUCGAACAUGUUCCGACGAUCUCAUCUCAACUAUCUCACGAAUCCGGCUCCAGGUAAUGCCACCGCUCGCAACCCGGGCAUUGACUGGGUUUCAGACCAGCUAUGCGAAGAUCAUAUCAUCGGCGAUUGGCUGUGGAGGAACAAAGUGCGAGAGGAGAAAGAAUUUGGAGAGCGUCUCGGAAAACACGCCAUGGUCUUCGGAGACUAUGCCUUCCAACCGGUUGCCAACAUGAGCGUCAAGGCAUAUAUCGCGCGGCGUGUGCGCUGGCUGCGUGUACGCAAAUACACUGUUCUAGCAGCUACACUUGUCGAGCCUGGCACCGAAUCCAUACUCUGUUCGCUAUAUGGUGCAUUCGGCGUGAGUACAGUGGUGGCCAAAUUUCUACAAACUCGUGGCUUCGAAACAAUAGGUCUUUGCCUACAACAAUGGCCGUCUUUCUUCCUUCUAUGGUUUUCCAGCAUCAUUCUGUGGUGUAUUAGCGAUUGGACACUGUACGUCAAGCUCCAUUCCGCAGCCACCGUUGAAGUGGACCACGACACGCCCCCAUUCGCGAAAUCCGCCAGAUCCGAGACUCAGCUAUCUCGUCGACCCUUUCUGCACUGGCUCGGGGCUUGGGUUGUUCGAGAAUUGCUCGCAUUCCCCAUCUGGGCAUGGGCUGUCUAUGGCGGAUCAACGGUUGUUUGGAGGAGUCGAUCCUUCCAGGUGUCUCUAUGGGACACCAAGGCGCGUGAGGUCAAUCGGUCGGCGCGGAGUCGGCUUCUUCGCCAUGUGCAUGACUCGUCGUAUUCGAGCAGCAGAGCUCUGCGGACUUCGUCGUCUUCUUCGUCGUCGUCAUCUGCAUCCUCUGUUGUUGCGCGGAAUGAUAAAAGGGGUGAUAGACAUAAAGGUCGGAAACAUUGA